AUGGUCAGCAGCGGGCACCUACUGCAGUGCGCGCACUCGCUGUUCCCUGGAGCAGCUCUUCACUCGACCGCCCAACCACCACCACCUCCUCCUCCUCCUCCUCCUCCUCUUCCACCUCCUGCUGCCGCUGCUGUGACCAGCGUGGCACCAUCUCAGCCUUUCCGACUCCUCGACUUGCCAGACGAGCUGUGGGUUAAGAUUGGCAAAUUCGCCGUUACUUACUCGGACGUCAUUCUCAUCAACCAGGACCUCAGAGUAAAGGAGCCCACCGAGGCGCGCAAAAACGAUGAUGACGGAAAUCAGCGAUGCGAAAAAGAAUGCUGCAUCAUCAAGCGAGACCAGCCUGCGAUCACUAAGACCUGUCGUCUGCUCAGAACCGAGCUGCUUCCAGAGUACUACAAGCUCAACACCUUCCACGUCAUCAACCGCAUGACCACGAAUCUCAUGCUUAACCGGACAAUGUUCUGUUCGGGUGCUGAAAUAUCCUGA